AUGUAUCUCCGAAGUACCAAGUACGAUGUCUUUGGAAAUUCUAGCAAUCCCGGAGGUAGUACUGAGCCAGUUCCUCGAUAUCUUGCAAAUGCUAUCCAGAUUAGUCCCGCCCGCGGCUCAUGCAAUCCCCGCGACUACUGCUGUGAGUAUCUUGACGAGACUUUGAUCAAGGUGGAGGUUCACCGACCCGAGGAGACCUGUCUCUUUGCCACAGAGCUGCAGCAAUACCGCGAGACCAUCCAUCAGGUCUCGCAGAUCCUCCAGCAUGCAGCACGCCAGCGCGAGCGCGGUCCUCGCCCUGACAGUAGCACCGCACCACCGCAACUGGAGAUCCAUCCUUGCCGUAAAAGACGCAUCACCAUCUCCUGGGAGGAAUCACGACUCCACCCCCCAAGCCCCUUCCUCCCUAUAAUCCACAUCAACGGCUUCCCCGGCACCGGCAAACUAACCAUCGCGCAACACCUCGUCGCGCACUAUCCCCCUCCCUCAUCCAUCACCACCACCGCCUCAGAUCCACCCCCAGCAAAACUAAAACUCAUCCACAACCACCUCCUCAUCAACCCCGCCGACGCCGUCCUCCACCGCACCCAACCCGGCUACCAAGCCCUGCGCCACGCCCUGCGCGCCGCCAUCUUCACAACCCUGACCCACGAGCCCGCCACCCACGCCACCGCCUACAUCUUCACGGACUUCCAGACGACCAACGCGCAAGGGGCCCAGGUGUGCGCCGAGUACGCGCAGGCCGCGGACGACCGCGGCUGCGCCCUGAUCCCCGUCGUGCUGACCUGCGCCGCGGACGAGAACCUGCGCCGCAUGAUGCACGCGGACCGCGGGGUGCAUGCCAAGUUGCAGGGCGUUCGGCUGCUCGAGGCAUUUCGGCGCGGGGCCCCGGUGUUCCGGUUUAGUGAUAGAGGAAGGAGUUUUUGGAGGUCGAUGUGA